GAGAGGCACAGACACCCCAGAGGAAGAGACAGAGGAGCGCGGACAGACAGACAGACAGACAGACUGGCGGAGGGGAGCACAGGCGGAGAAGCCGGGUGCCUGCCGGACCCUGUUGCCGUAAGGACUGGGCCUGCAGCGGCGUCGCGGGGUCCCUCCCUCGGAGCUCCGCACCGCACUGCCUUAGGCCAUGGCAGAUUCCUGCCGGAACCUCACCUACGUGCGGGGCUCCGUGGGACCGGCCACCAGCACCCUGAUGUUCGUGGCGGGCGUGGUGGGCAACGGGCUGGCCCUGGGCAUCCUGAGUGCCAGGUGUUGCCAUUCCUGCCGGAACCUCACCUACGUGCGGGGCUCCGUGGGACCGGCCACCAGCACCCUGAUGUUCGUGGCGGGCGUGCAGUACUGCCCGGGCAGCUGGUGCUUCAUCCGCCUGCGCUCGGCCGAGCCCAGCGGCUGCGCCUUCUCCCUGGCCUACGCCAGCCUCGUGGCCUUGCUGGUGAGUGCCAUCGUCCUGUGCAACGGCUCCGUCGCCCUCAGCCUCUGCCGCAUGUACCGCCAGCAGAAGCGCCACCAGGGCUCGGUGGUCCCCAGCUCCGGGUCGCGUGAGGACGAGGUGGACCACCUGAUUCUGCUGGCCCUCAUGACGGUCAUCAUGACCGUGUGCUCCCUGCCGCUCACGAUCCGCGGCUUCACACAGGCCAUCGCCCCCGACAGCAGUGAGAUGGGAGACCUCCUUGCUUUCCGCUUUAACGCCUUCAACCCCAUCCUGGACCCCUGGGUCUUCAUCCUCUUCCGCAAGGCCGUCUUCCAGCGACUCAGGCACUGGUUCUGCUGUCUGUGUCCCGGGCCAGCCCGAGGGGACUCGGUGACACUCCGGUCCCAGCCAGCCUCCAGGAGGAGGGACCCCCAGGCCCCUGCUGCUCUGGAGGGGAAAGAGGGGAACUGGGUGCCCCUGUCCGCCUGGAGUAAGGGACAGGUGGCGCCCUUUCCUCCUGCCAACACCGUGGGAACAGCAACGCGGCCCAAAGCCGAGGCCUCAGUCGCCUGCUCUCUCUGCUGACAUCGAAGCUGGUCCUGUGACCUCCGCCUGUCUUCCUGGUGCAGAAGCCAGAAAACCAGGGCCAAGGCUGUGGAAGCCAGAACUUUGGCCCCCGAAUUCUGGGGGUGAUGAGCUGCUGUUUCCCCUCCUUCAGGGUGGCCAUGCAGUCUGUGGGAGGAGAGAACAUUACCCCGAAGCACGAAAGAACAGUUGUCUCAAAAUAGCCCGCAGCCUGGCCGGCCAGCCCUGGCCCUGGGCUCUCCAUCCAUCUCACUGUCCAAAUAUUUAGAAGGUGGCAAGGUUCCCAGCGGCUUCUGGGCACUCAGGUCCACUGGGGUUAGGGUUCCUGCUCCUAUCCUUCUUCAUCAAGGGGGUCCUAGCUGCCCGCUUUCACAGGGGUCCCCAGGAGAAGCCCUGCCCUCACCCAAGCCAGGGAUUCUCAGAAAGCUCUCUGCUCCUUGUUCUUUAUUAUUCUUGUUUUUUCCCUGAACCAGGGAUCAGAACUCAGGACCUUGUGCUUGCAAGGCAGGCGCAGGCGCACCUGAGCUAAAUCCCUAGCCCCUAAUUCUCUACCAUUCUUGGGGGCCCUGCACCCCAAGGGGAGAAGACAGGAAGGAGAGGCUGUUGUGUCGUAGGCGACACCGGCGGACACGUGCCUGGGAGCCAAGAGAUGCCGUGGGCUGGUGGACUGUGCCGUGCGAGCUGUCGGCGAGGCGGGCUGGGAAAAAGAUGGUAGCUGAAGGGACAAGGGCCCAGCCGAGAACGCAGACCCCAGGCCUGUGUCUGUCCCCUGGGGCUGGGCUAUUUCUUGCUCCCUUACAGGGCCUGACCUCACCGUCCUGUCCUUGGAGUCCUUCACUCAUUCAUUCGACAAAUACUCAGCAGGUGCCCCCUCCACCUAGGGAUGGGGUCACAGAGAAACCCGUCCUGCUCCGGCCCCUGCAGGGUGAUUUCAGUCAGCCCCACCUUCUCAGGCCUGGGACUCCAGGGAGUGAGCCGGGGAUGGAAGUGAGUUGGCUGCCCCCUCCCACCCCACGCUGCCUGCCUCAGUUCCCCCUUCUCGCUCAGCCCUGGGCUAAAACAAUAAAGCUGCCCCUGGGGGAGGGGUAGAGCAGCGAUCCAUGGGAGCUCAGCAGCAAACUGGGGACAAGCAAGUGCUUCUUAUGUGCCAGGUUCCUUCAGCCACUUGGCAGCCAGGGAUCAGAGCUUCUAGCAGUGAGCUACAGUGGAGGCCCAGAGAGGGCAAUGAUUGCCCUGGGUCACACAGCAGAGAGGAAGUGGAGCCAGUUGGUCUAAUCUACUGCAGGGCCCAGCUUGCUGCUGGGACCCCCACCGCCAGCCCUGUGCCUUGCUCUCCUUCCAACUGUAAUCAGGUGCUGAGUUUUCAGACUAGCUGUGAGGAUGGGAUGAGAGAUUGCCUCUGAAUAUUGAUUUGAGCACAGGGCCUGGAAGAAGGGCUGCACUAGGCAUUACUAUUAUUGCCAUGGUUGUUGUUGCCAUUAUUAUCUGGGCAAACACGAUCUGAAAACAAAAUGAAGCAAGUGUGGCAUCAUUGUUUUGACUUUUAUUUAUUUAUUUUCCAUCACUGUGUUUCAAAUCAGUCAAGAAAAACAAGGGGUAGCUAGCCGUGGUGGCGCACGCCUGUGAUCCCAGCACUCAGGAGGCUGAGGCAGGAGGAUUGCAGUGAG